AUGGUCGUGGGGGCUGGAGGGGACUGGCUUCAUGAUGCUAUGUCGGGGGGUCUGCACUGCAGUGGCUGGGAUGUCAGACUGGGGGUGCAGACCCCAAGGCAGGAGUGGCUGAGCAGGUUCGGCUACCUGUCCCCACCGAACCUGGCAACCGGGCAGCUACAGACGCAGGAGGAGCUGUCCAAGGCCGUCGCCGCCAUGCAGCGCUUUGGGGGCCUGGAGGCCACCGGAGUGCUGGAUGAAGCCACCCUGGCGCUGAUGAGGACCCCACGCUGCUCCCUCCCUGACCUCCCAGCCGGGGCCCCAGCUCGAAGGCGGCGCCAGGCCGCUGCCCCCGCCAAGUGGAACAAGAGGAACCUGUCGUGGAGGGUCCGAACCUUCCCACGGGACUCGCCCCUGGGCCGCGACACCGUGCGGGCACUCAUGCACUACGCGCUCAAGGUCUGGAGCGACAUCGCGCCCCUGGACUUCCACGAGGUGGCAGGCAGCACCGCCGACAUCCAGAUAGACUUCUCCAAGGCCGACCAUGCUGACCGCUACCCCUUUGACGGCCCGGGUGGCACGGUGGCCCACGCCUUCCUCCCCGGUGACCGCCCCACCGCAGGGGACGCCCACUUCGACGAUGACGAGGCCUGGACCUUCCGCUCCGCAGAUGCCCACGGCAUGGACCUGUUUGCGGUGGCCGUCCAUGAGUUUGGCCACGCCAUCGGGCUGAGCCACGUGGCAGCCCCACACUCCAUCAUGCGGCCCUACUACCAGGGCCCGGUGGGCGACCCUCUGCACUACAGGCUCCCCUACGAGGACCGGGUGCGCGUCUGGCAGCUGUACGGCGUGCGGGAGUCCGUGUCCCCUACGGCACAGCCGGACACUGAGGAGCCCCCCCUCCUGCCGGAGCCCCCCAACAAUCGGUCCAGCACACCGCCCAGAAAGGACGUGCCUCACAGGUGCAGCACGCACUUUGACGCGGUGGCCCAGAUCCGCGGCGAGGCCUUUUUCUUCAAAGGCAAGUACUUCUGGCGGCUGACCCGGGACCGACACCUGGUGUCGCUGCAGCCGGCACAGGUGCACCGCUUCUGGCGGGGCCUGCCGCUGCACCUGGACAGCGUGGACGCCGUGUACGAGCGCACCAGCGACCACAAGAUCAUCUUCUUCAAAGGAGACAGAUACUGGGUGUUUAAGGACAAUAACGCAGAGGAAGGGUCCCCGCGGCCCGUGUCCGACUUCGGCCUCCCGCCUGGCGGUGUCGAUGCUGCCUUCUCCUGGGCCCACAGUGACAAGACUUAUUUCUUUAAGGACCAGCUGUACUGGCGCUACGAUGAGCACACUCGGCGCAUGGACCCCGGCCACCCCGCCCGGAGCCCCCCGUGGACGGGCGUCCCCAGCACGCUGGACGACGCCAUGCGCUGGUCCGACGGGGCCGCCUACUUCUUCCGCGGCAGUGAGUACUGGAAGGUGCUGGACGGCGAGGGGGCAGUGGCGCCCGGGUUCCCGCGGCCCACGGCCCAGGACUGGCUCGUCUGCAGGGACGCACAGCCCAGCUCCGAGGGCGCGGACGGAGCGGCGGGGGCCCAUGCCCGGCCGGGGCAGCGCGGCCAGAGCCGCGCCGAGGACGGCUACCAGGUGUGCUCCUGCAGCUCCCUGGCUCCCCGCCCCCUGGGGGCCUCGGGCCGGCUGCUGGCCACCAUGCUGCUGCUGCCGCCAAGCGUGCUGUGGACAGCAGCCCGGGCCCCACCGCUGUGA